AAUUGUUCUAGGUGACGUGUUCCCACAACGGGAGAACGCGUCUACACGCCACACUCACUGCCGUUAGGUAGCUGUUAUAACGCUGGAGAGAUCGACUUGACGUGGAAGUGAAGCAACAUGACGUCCUGGAAUUUCCAUGAGGUACCGGUAUGCCAUGUCAUUCAUCGCUGGUUGGCAGAAGCUCAGAUUGGACCCCGUUUGCAACGCUACCCCCCACUGGAGACAAGCUUUGACCGGCUCGCGGGCUUAACCACCCGAGCCCUGGUUGGCUCCUCUGCACCGGCGUUGUUAGAUGACAAGUGAGCGGUGCGAAAGGAACACCUACGGUAGCUAUUUGGUCCAUUGACGAUCAGUGGGGCCGUUUUCGCGGCAUUUAACCCUCGAAAGGAAGGUCGGUAGAUAGCUCGUGUCCGUGUACCCGCGCUGCCGCGGCCUUUACCAACCCAGAGUGCCGAUCAUCCGGCGAGAGAGGGAUUCACACCCACCCGUGAAAAAAAAACACAAAAAAACAAGCAAAGGCCAAGACGCUCUUUCUCGCACAUGUAACAUGGAUUGUCUGAUGUCCUUGAAACGUCAAUAAACAUUUUUGACGAGUCAGAGGUUGCGCACUGUCCUAUGCUAAUUCUCUCUCCGUGAGAUACCUACUGCGUGAGGAAUGUCGGCGCUAUGGAAGCUUCUGUUGCUUUUCCCCGGACGGUUGAAAGACAUCAGCAGAUUUUUGUGCCGAGCAAGCCUAACCGCGGGAGGAUCAGCAUCGAUGAGGCGAUGCGUUCCCGGGGUUACAGCGUGUAGUGUACAGUGACG